CAAUUAUGCAAUUCUCAAAUUGUUUAAAUUUAUCAACAGUUUUGUACAUUUUCCAAUUGUUCAUUCUUCUCAACAUGAUGAAUAACAAAUCAUCAAUUGUCAGCUGUGCAUGUUUACAAUUAACUGAAAAUGAUCGUCCAGUGUUAUUUUGUCAAUCCACCAUACCAUCUUUACCAAUCCCAAGACAUGAUAUCCCAAUACAAAUUGCCAAAUUAAUCAUCUCAGGCACGAAUAUCACCGGUUGGCAUAAUGGAAUUUUAACAAGAGAUAAUCUAACAGGUUUAGAAACAUUGACUUAUCUUCAAAUAAGUAAUUUCCAUUUGAAAGAAAUUCAAUCGCAUACAUUUUCUGCUAUGAAACAUUUACGUAUAUUAGAUUUAUCCAACAAUCAUAUAAUCACUAUACAACCGGAAGCAUUUUUAGGGCCUAGUUUAAAACUUCUUUCAUUAACUGAUAAUAAAGGUAUCACGCUGGAUAGGACAUCAUUUCAUGGUGCACAUGUAUUUCACUUGGCAGCUCGUAAUUGUGAUUUAACUACAUUAGACUAUGAGACAAUUGCUGAAGCUAGACCGAAACAAUUAAGUCUAUCGGAUAAUAUGUUGACAUGGUUAGAUCCACAAUUCGCGGAACUUGUCAUCGAUUCGUCCAAAUCAAAUAAUCUGCAUUAUUUAUCUACCGGUUCACAUGAUGUUGGUUCAAAUCUUGGCUAUUUAGAUUUAAGUAAUAAUCCGCUGAAUUGUGAUUGUCAACUUGUAUGGCUUUCUAAAUUAAUUGAAAGUCAAUCUUAUGAUGCUUAUCAAUAUAUUAACACUGGUAAAGAUUUAACCACGAACAGGAAUAAUGAUAAUAAUAAUAAUCACAAAAAAGAUGUGACUGAUUGGUCGAAUUCACCGACGGAAUCAUCAUCGUCAUCAUCAUCUUCAAUUCGUCUGAUGCAACAUAUGAAUAUGACAUGUGCACAACCACCGGCUUUAGCUGGUAAAAAGCUACCACGUAGUUGGGAUUACUAUUGUCCUACACCAAGUAUCACUGGGAUUGAAAUUAAUUUGUUGAAAGCUAGUGCUGAUUUUGCCCAAUUGACAUGUAUCGGUAAAGGUAGACCAACGCCAAGUUUAGCAUGGACAUAUAAAAUACACGGACAAAAAGUACAACAAAUUCUAGAUCCUUCGAUAAAACAAACUUUCAAUGAUCAAUACUUUUCACAGUCUGAAAGUCAAUCCUCCAUGUCAGGCAAUAAAAUGAUUGAACGAAAAUUGGCAUUGAAUGUUAGUUUGAAUUCAGUGAAUAUUGAAAAUUUCACAUGUACCAUAUGGAAUAAUGAUAGAAUACCGCCCGCAUUGUCAUCAUCUACACUAGCCGCCGCCGCCGCCACAUCAUCAUCGUCAUUUCCUUCAGCUGAUGGUAACACAUUUAAACCGACAUCGCUGAUUGUUCCAACAGCGGAGCAUUAUCAUAGUCAAUUUCAAUAUUAUCGACUUCAUGAAGUGACUGUACGUGUGUCUGGACCGUUGAGAUCAUCUGAACUACUGAUUAAUCCUAUCAUUAUUGAUGGCUCAUCAAGUUUGUCUCACCGUAAACAAUCCACUUCACUAGACAAUGACAAUAGUAGAAGUCCACUGUCGUCGUCUGCAUCACUGCCGACUACAGCUACACAGAUCAGUAAUCAACAGGACAUCCUACUAAUCCAUAUUCCAUGA